CUAACUUUAUUCAGUUGACACCAAGUAGGAGGGCUUUAUGGAGGGAGGAAAAAAGACAACUCGAGAAAAAUUAGUAUUUUCUACCUUCAGAAAUUAAUGGCCAUGAGUUCGUAUAUGGUGAACUCUAAGUAUGUGGAUCCCAAAUUUCCUCCCUGCGAGGAAUAUUCACAGAAUAACUAUAUACCUGAGCAGGGCUCCGACUACUACAGUCCAUCGCAGGACACAGACUUUCAGCAUCCAGGGAUCUACCCACGGUCAAACUACACGGAGCAACCCUUCAGCUGCAACACUGUGCAGGACUCCACAGUGCAACCACGGGGUCAUGGGCACGAGAGAGCCAGCCACCCGAGCCAUUUUAGCGCACAGACUGAGCAGGGGACUCCGGUCCAAGUGGCCGGACCCCGGACUUGUGGACAGCAGCAAAACACAAAGAGCCAAAAUGGGAUACAAGCCAAGCAGCCAGCAGUAGUUUACCCCUGGAUGAAGAAAGUUCACGUAACUACUGUGAACCCGGAUUACACGGGAUCUGAACCCAAGCGGUCCAGAACAGCUUACACCCGGCAGCAGGUUCUGGAGCUAGAAAAGGAGUUUCAUUUUAACAGGUAUCUGACCAGGCGGCGGCGGAUUGAGAUUGCCCACACUCUUUGUCUCUCCGAAAGGCAGAUUAAAAUCUGGUUUCAAAACAGACGGAUGAAAUGGAAGAAAGAUCACAAACUACCCAACACCAAGGGGAGAUCUGCACCAGUCUCCAACCAUCUGCAGAGCAUUCAGAAGGAUAACCUGACUGAUAUCACAGCAUUAUAAGAAAGGAAAGCGGUCCUGUCCUUAGAGAUUAACUGUAUAUAAAAAAGACAAAAGUUACAUCUGACUUUUGCAUGGACUGAUGUCGUUUCUAGCCAUUUUGUUUUUAAUUUAACAAACAUGACCCUCCAGCAUUGUUGCCUCGAGUCUGAGUGAGAAAAUCAAUCGGUCUUUAAAACCGAGAGGUUUGCAAGCUGAGCCUCUUCUGUGUUCAAAUUUCCUCAAAGAGACAGAAAAAACGUCGAAAUAAACUUUUCCUUCCCUCUUUUUCCGAC